CACAAUGCUUUACUGCAGGCAGACGUGGAGGCAGCUCCCACGGCCGCUGGCAUCCCCGCUGCAGAGCCCUCCAUCGUCAGCCCUGGGCUCCAGCCCCUGCAUGGGGGUACAGGGAGGAGAGGCCCAGCAGCUGCAGGGCUGCCUUUAGGGGCUGUCUCCUGAGCUGGCUGGAGAAGAGGGUGGCACCUGGGGGGCCGGGGGUGCAUCCUGUGCCGUGGGGAGGGGGUGCUGCUCCCUGACCCCCCCGCAGCAGGGCUGCCAUGAGCUCGCAGGAUGAGCAGUUCCAAGAGGCAGCCCCUGGCCCGGCGGCUUCCUCCGCCCAGGAUGGCAUGACCUGGUGGUACAGGUGGCUCUGCAGGAUUGCUGGGGUCGUCGGGGGCAUGUCUUGUGCCUUCGCUGGUCUCUGGAACUGUGUCACCAUCAACCCCCUGAACAUCGCUGCUGGCGUGUGGAUGAUGCUCAACGCCUUCGUGCUGUUCCUGUGCGAAGCCCCGUUCUGCUGCCAGUUCAUCGAGUUCGCCAACGCCGCCGCCGCCAGGGCCGACCAGCUGCGCCCCUGGCAAAAAGCCGCCUUCUACUGCGGGAUGGCCGCCUUCCCCGUCAUGCUCAGCCUGACGCUGACCACGCUCUUCGGGAACGCCGUCGCCUUCGGCACCGGGGUGCUGUACGGGCUGUCGGCGCUGGGCAAGAAGGGAGAUGCCAUUUCCUAUGCCCGGAUCCACCAGCAGCAGAAGCAAAUGGAUGAAGAGAAGCUCACAGGGGCCAUGGAGGGACAGGCUCUCUGAAGCACAUGAGCUUGGGGUAACCUCUCCUGGACACUGAGAUGUUGGUGAAGAUACAGGAAUCCACUCUGCCCUUCCCUCUGCCCACUCCCCUCUCUGUUACACCAUGAUUUCCUUGGACUCUGCAGCAAGUGGAAAUCUCAGGGGCUGGGGUGGGCUGUGUCCUCUUCUCACACCAGCAGCCAGACCUCAGUGCAUUAGCCUCUCUCUCCUCCUCAACUCUCAACCAAAUUUCUCUCAGUCCCUCUAUUUUUUAAUUUAUUUCUUUUCU